AUGGUGAAGAUCUCUCCUCUUGUUCGUUUGCCAAGUGGAUUAAUGGUUAACAUAUUUACCAAAGGAGGUGUACAGGCCUUUCUUGAAUCAGAAUUGAGCCAAACCUACCUUUCCUCUGAUUUGAGAACCAUCAAAGAUAUUCGGAAGACGAAGAAUCGGACUUCGGAAGCCGAAGAUCUCCUUUUUAGUCUGACUGCCAAGAUUGAGUUCAUUGCUACCCUUGCAGACCCCAUUCUCUUUGCGGAGACUGUGCCAGAAUCGGAGAUUGAAGUUUGGUUUAUUUUCGUCCUCCACGAAUUGAAAGCCUUGAGCGCCAAGCCAGACUGGUUAAGGUCAGGGGAGUUGGACGAAGACGACAUGUCAUGCCUCAACAUCAGCGCUGCCAUGUUCCACUUCCACGCUGUCCCGGUUCAGCUUGCAUUUGAAUGUGAAUACGUUCAACUUUUGGCAGACUUUCUUAAAGCCUGUCCUACUACACUUCCCUCCACGGAGAUUGCCGGUCAAAUCACAAACAUUGUAUCUCGGAUUAUUUAA